GGAGAGUAUGGAGUUUGUGAAAGAGAACAAGCCGGCACAGCUGCCGCUGUCUGUAUGGUGGGUGGCGGCGGGGCUGGCGGCCAACGCCGCGCUUCUGGCGGGCGUGGCGCUGCUGGACGCCGCGCUGCCCGAGCCGCUGGGGCCCGACGCACCGCCUGAACGCUUCCACGGGCUCACCGCGCACCGCCAUCUCAUCAACCUCACCGCAAUCGGCCCGAGGGUGGCAGGCAGCUACGAGAACGAAGUGCUGGCGGUGGGCGUGCUGGUGGCGGCCGUGAAGGACAUCGCGGCGCACGCCUCGCCGCACAACCAGCUCGAGCUGGACGUGCACACCGCCAGCGGAGCAUUCGCGCUCUCCUUCAUGGACGGUAUGAACAACGUGUACCGCGACGUGCAGAACGUGGUGGUGCGCGUGCGCGGCGUGGGCGGCCGCGCCACGGGACGCUCCGCCCUGCUCCUCAACUGCCAUUUUGACACUGUGCCUGACAGCCCUGGCGCCAGCGACGACGGCGCGGGCUGCGCCGUGCUGCUGGACGUGCUGCGCGCGCUGGCGGCGGCGCGGCGCCCGCUGCGCCACGACGCCGUGUUCCUGUUCAACGGCGCCGAGGAGAACAUCCUGCAGGCCUCGCACGCCUUCAUCACGCAGCACAAGUGGGCGCGGGACGUGCGCGCCUUCAUCAACAUCGAGGCGUGCGGCGCCGGCGGCCGCGAGGUCCUGUUCCAGGCGGGCCCGCACGACCCCUGGAUCGUUGAGAUGUACGCGAGUGUAGUGCCGCACCCGUACGCGUCGUCGCUGGCGCAGGAACUGUUCGAGAGUGGACUCAUUCCCGCCGACACUGACUUCCGUAUUUUCCGCGAUUUCGGCAACCUGUCAGGCGUGGACCUGGCGUGGAGCUCCAACGGGUACGUGUACCACACGCGGCUGGACACGGCGGCGGCGGUGCCGGCGGCGGCGCUGCAGCGCACGGGCGACAACGUGCUGGCGCUGGCGGCCGCGCUGCUGGCCAGCGCGCGCCUGGACGAGGCGGCGGACGGCGCGCGCCAGCCGGUGUACUUCGACGUGCUGGGGCUGCGCGUGCUGUCGCUGCGCGCGCCGGCCGCCGCCGCCAGCGCCGCCGCCGCGCUGGCGCUGGUGCUGCUCAAGGUGACCCUCUCACAAUAUACACGGUGA